UUUGCGCAUGCGCAUUGCUCACCUCCACGCCACAUUUCUCUGCCUGGAGUCUCUCCAUCAAAACCUGCACAGUUUACCGAUUCAAUGUAAACACAAAAACGUGGUGUUUUUCACGCACUCGUUUAUUUUGGGCUAAUCGCGUCUGGUCCACUCGGAGAGUUAAAAACACGCCUACAGAGUCGAGGUCCGGCUGAGGUGGAAGCUGCGUCUCUAACCCCAGUCCCUGCUCCUCGCUCACUAUGGCAAGUGAAGAGAAGAAACCAGAGACUGAAGCGACUAAAACGCCGACGGCCUCCGCUGCUUCGGCCGGCCAGAGUAAAUCCGCACCUGCGAAGCCUAACUACACACUGAAGUUCACUCUAGCGGGCCACACGAAGGCCGUGUCCUCGGUCAAGUUCAGUCCAAGUGGGGAAUGGCUCGCCAGCUCGUCUGCUGAUAAACUUAUCAAAAUCUGGGGUGCGUAUGAUGGGAAGUUUGAGAAGACAAUAUCCGGACACAAGCUUGGAAUCUCGGACGUAGCCUGGUCCUCCGAUUCCAACCUCCUGGUCUCAGCGUCUGAUGACAAAACACUGAAGAUCUGGGACGUCAGCUCCGGAAAAUGUCUGAAAACCUUAAAGGGCCACAGCAACUACGUGUUCUGCUGCAAUUUCAACCCUCAGUCCAACCUCAUCGUGUCUGGAUCAUUUGACGAGAGCGUGCGGAUAUGGGACGUUAAGACGGGGAAGUGUCUGAAAACAUUGCCUGCUCACUCGGACCCGGUCUCUGCAGUCCAUUUUAACAGAGAUGGCUCUCUGAUAGUGUCCAGCAGCUACGAUGGCCUGUGCCGUAUUUGGGACACAGCAUCAGGCCAGUGCCUUAAAACACUCAUUGAUGAUGACAACCCUCCUGUGUCUUUUGUGAAGUUUUCCCCCAAUGGCAAAUACAUCCUGGCUGCCACGCUGGAUAACACCCUAAAGCUUUGGGACUACAGCAAAGGAAAGUGCUUGAAAACAUACACCGGCCACAAAAACGAGAAAUAUUGCAUAUUCGCCAAUUUCUCCGUCACAGGCGGCAAGUGGAUCGUCUCGGGUUCAGAAGACAACAUGGUUUACAUCUGGAACUUGCAGACUAAGGAGAUCGUACAAAAACUGCAGGGUCACACAGAUGUCGUGAUCUCGACCGCCUGCCACCCGACAGAGAACAUCAUCGCAUCAGCAGCACUAGAGAACGACAAGACCAUCAAGCUGUGGAAGAGCGACUGCUAAGCUAGAACACACGCAGGCUUUAUUUUAUUAUCGUUGCUUUUUUUUUAAUUUUGUAUUUUUCAUUUUUUUGGGGAAGACGGACAUCUAUUACGAGGAACACAAGGCCAGGUCGUUCACACCCACGAUGGCUUGGUCUUGGCAGGAAGUGUGGCGUACACACGUGUCCAGAGCAGCAGGCGCAGAGAGACUCACGUUAAAAAACACCACUUCUUUUAAACCAUCUCUGCACUAAAUUCUCUCUCUCUCUCUCUCUCUCUGUAUAUCUCUGUAUAUCUCGGCCUUACCUAAACAUGAGAUGUUCUCUUCUUUGAUCAAUUAAAUCCUUCAGCGCUGAUACGUGGAUAUUUUGGUCUUGUAGAUUCUAGGCAGCUUCGAUUCCCUUCCUAGCUAACAGGCUUUCUCACGUUUGUUCUGUUUUGUAGAAUGUGUUGAUUUUGUACAUUAACUCGAGCCAGAAGCGAACCAUGAGUGUGCGUUCAGUGGAAAAAAAAAAAACUAAGCAGUUCUCUCACACGACAUGAUCUGAUCUGGGUAUUGUCUGUCUCCAGUGUUUAUCGUGUGCCUGAUUCUGUGCCAUUUUAAGGUGGAAUUUAUUAAACCGGCUACACAGUUUAGUGCCCACGGUGUGAGAUGGUAUAAAAAAUAAUGUUUUUGUUUUGUGUUUUUUUUUUUUUUUGUUUGUUUUUUGCUGUUAUGUAUUUCUCUUUUAAAGAACAAUUACACCCUGGAUUACUUUAUAAUCUUUAUAAAAACUUGAUUUUCAUUAGCAUCCGUUUAUUUUGUCACAAACUUGAGUUUCGGUUUAAACGUCUUUCAUUUUGGCUAAAAAAAGUGCUUUCCGAUUUUACCUGUUUGACCCAAGCUGUUAGAACGAUCUCUACCUAACGACAGAAGCGGCGGCCCUUUAUUCUUGAAGCACGUGGACUUUCGUUCCUUUAACGCCGAGACAUUUUCUACACCUAUGUGAACUCUCAAAACUCCUCAAGCUUCAUGUUUCAUGUUCAAGCAGCACACAGAUUUCAUAACACGAUUAACUGAUGUGAUUUGAAGCAUUCGGUGAAUAUCCAGUGUUACGAUGUUGUCACCAACACCUCAAAAGUUUCGUAGAAAUGCUCAGAUUUGCGUUUUGUGGAUUAUUUCAGUAUAAGUGUUGGGGCUGCCUCAGAUUUCUGGAGCACUGAUUUCUGGAAAUGGGUUAAAAGUAAAUACUUAAAAAAAAAAAAAAAAAAAAAAAGUAUUUUUUUGAGAUCCAUUGAUAAAGAUUAUCUCGUAAGAAAAAUUGUAGGUAAUUUCACUUCCUGUAAAAAUAUUUUCUAGCGUAUAAAUUCAGUCGUCAUCAUCCUGCAAGUCUGCAACACUUUAGGUAUUUUGUGCUUAGACGCAAGGAUCUUAAAAGUUGCUUUAUAUGUUACGUAGCUGCGUCUGUGGAAAAUAGUGACCAAAUACCAAGCUGGGCUUUAGCACUGCCUCAGGUUUGUGUAACCUCCCAUUCAGCUCUCUUUCUUUGUGCUCUUACUGUGUGUGUGUGUGUGUGUGCAGUAGUAAUAAUGGUGGAUGAGUGUUGUAUUUUCCUGCAAAGUGAAGGUUGGUGUUAAACCCAGCCUCUGCUCUUUCUCUCUCUCUCUGUUGAAUUUCAGUGUGAUACAAGGGCUGCAUGAGAAACUGGACUUGACCUGUGACUCAAUAAAGUUGUUCUUUUUUUUC